UUUUCCUUGGUUUUCCCAGCUACUUCUUCUUCUUCUUCUUCUUCGCUUUUAUCACUUUUCGUCCCCUUCUUCUUUUUUCUACUAACAACCAUCAUGUCUGGGACUGGUCCUCCACCGACCUCGACCUCGACCUCGACCUCGACCUCGACCUCGACUAUCACUGCGUCGUCGUCCGCUGUUCCGCCAAUCGCCCGCUCUCCGUCCGCGCCAUCCAACUCGGCCGCCACUCCGUCCUCAUCAUCAUCAUCAUCAUCAACUUCAUCAUCCUCAUCCUCAGCUUCAGCUUCAGCGACGUCGCCGUACAGCAAUGCAGCUCGCUUCUCGACGGGAUCUUCGCCUGCGCUGAUUCCCGCGUCCUCCUCCCACCACGCCGCCGCCACGAGUACCACUACUCCUGCAUCUGCUGCAUCUACUGCUGUUGCUGCUGCUGCUUCCUCAGGGGCGGCGGGCUCCCGGCUCAAUCCCAGCGCCUCGUCACCCGCGCCCGCUCAGUCGACCACUCCGUCCGCAGCGCCGUCGCCGUCCGCGUCAGGCGCAUCAGUGGUGGCAGCUUCGUCGUCGUCGUCGUCGUCGUCGUCGUUGACAGGUGCCACUGCCGCGCACAAUGGUGACCGGUCGGGCAGGUCGCCGGGCAAUCCCUCGUCAUCCAAUUCGAGUGCGAAUGCUAAUUCUCAGAAUCAUGGCAAUGCGAAUCUGGCUCAGACGACCAACGCAAGCUCAGGCUCAGGCUCAGGCUCACAUUCAACCUCAACCUCAACCUCAACCUCGGGAAGCCUCCGACCAGACUCGCCCCAAGGCCGCGCAAGAGCAAGCUCGGGCUCGGCCAACAUUGGAUUUGCCACGUCCGGGAGUCGAGCAACAACCACGGCGGCACCUGGAGUGCAAGGCGGAGUAGUGCCGUCAUCGGCCGUCCUGUCGGGACCCGGGUCUGUCACUGCAGGCUCACGACCCUUCUCUGUAGCGCUGUCGGGAUCGCCGCCCGUCGCGGCAAGUGUUGCCUUCCGUCGACGAAGCAUUGGCAGCCAAGCAAAUGAGAUUCCUGGUCGGCCCUCGUUGGACUCAAUGUCAUCUCCUGAUGCAUCCAACUUUUGGGACGAUGGGGACUCCCAGUGGAUGCAGGAAAUGUCGGAAAAGACCCGCCGAAGACUGCUGGACAAUGGCUCACCGGGCGUCGCUGGCGGUCGAGAAACCCUUUCUGUGCGCUUUGCAGACAUUCUAGCGGAGCCUCGUCGCUCCGAGCUGAUGAACAACAAAAAAUACCUCGAGGUCCUGGCCAAGAUUGACUCGAUCAAAAAGAAGAUUGAAAACGAAGUCAAGGUGCGCGAAGGCUUUGACAAGCUGGAGGAAGCAUACAACCGGAAUCCAGCAUUGGUCGAUGAGAAAUUCCAAUCCAAGUUUGAACGCAAGUUUGUUAAAUCCGACACGCGCAUGCGAGAGCUUGAACGUAAGCUGGCCAAGUAUCAAGCCAUCCACACGGCAAUAGAAAACGGCGAAUAUAGCGAUGACGAUAACAGCUUUGACUCGUUCAAGGGAGCAGCCUCGGAAAUUGUCACCUCGUUGCAAAAAUCGACGGGAAAUCUCAUUCGCAAUCCCGUCCGAUACAUCAAGGGCAAAACCAAGACCUUUGGCGAGCGCCUUGGCCACAUUGGUGGUGACAGAGCUCAAGACGGCCGAGAGCGCCGCAAAUCCAUUGACGAUCUUUCGCAAUUGCAAGAUCCCGACUCUCCGUCACCAGGCGAUGGCCCUUCGACUGGCAUCAACAACACCAUUUCACCCACCCUUGCCGUUGCCUCGCCCGACAACAGCAGCGCUGUCUCCCCGACGGUCACCGACAGCCAUUCCCCAGCACAACAAUCGACAACCUCCAGUGCGGCUGCGUCCUCCAGUCUUGACUCUGGCACUUUCACGGCAAAAAAGCAAUUCAGCAAUGCUGCUGAUCAAGCCGACUCGAGCCCGAGUGAUGCCGAAAGUGUCGUGCUUACUCGCCACUUUGACUCUGACCGCACUCCCGAGGACUUGACCGACUCUGAGGACGAAGAUGGCCCUGGCAUUCGGGAGCUGGCCAAAGCCAUGCAAAAAGAUCGUCGCUCUGCCCAUCAACACCAACUCAUCAUUCAGCAGCUGAAGGAAUCGCUGGUUCGAGUCGAGGCCUCGCUGGCUGAUGAACGAAAGUCGCGCCGUCAGUUGGAGCAAGAAAUGGCCGAUGACAAGCAGGCAAUGCUGCAAUUUGCACACGACACGCAGGAAUCAUUCAGCGAACUCAAGGAAUCUAUCGCAUCACUCCAGCGCGAAAUGGACUACCGAUACCAGCUCACUUUGCAGCAGACAGAGGAAGCUCGGGAUAUCAUUGGUCAAUUCCACGAUCGGAUUGGCGUGGUCGAACACAGCGUCAACACAUCCCGUCGAAGCGAAACCAUCAACUUUAUUGGCCAAAAAUUGAGCUAUGUUCUGGCCGCCGUGGCAGUGGUGGUCGUCUUUAUCACCAACAUUGUCUUGCUGAUCCGCAACAAGUUCUUUGCGCCCGUGCCCUUGCUACCAGCGCCCAGCCUCACAGCUCAAGUCGACGAUUUCUCGUCCUCGUGGUCUGACACAUUCACAGAGCCUGUGCCUCCAACACCCUCGAUGCUCGACUCGCCCGAAUUCUCAACACCGGCAAUGUCCCCCACUACAACGCCUCGCUCGGCUUCGCCCAACUCCACCCCGACGACUGUGGUUCCUCCGCGAUCCCCAAAGCGUCCCUCUCGUGGAUCCGAAAGCUUGGCCAAAAUGGCGUCCGUGAACGCGGCGCUCGCUGCUCAAGCCGGUAGCGGCCGCCUCCUGGCUCCGACGAACGGUGCAGGCUUUUCUUUUGAAAGCGCGGAACCGAAUGACUCUGAGCAGGAGUCGUCGACAGAUGGGAAGAAGCACCAGUGAUCUAUCUCGUGGAGUGGAGUGGAGGCUUCCUGUUUCUAGCCGUUCUCUUGUUUUAAUUUUCGAUUUGGUUUUUCGUAUUGUAUUAAUUUUAUUGGGUAUCCACGU